CUGGGUCGUAAAGUCGGUUUACAGGGAGCGCUUUGCGACAGUCGUCUCCAGCCCAACGUGCAGCGCUGGUGUGACGUCCGCCAUGGACGAGGAGGAGCAGCGCCUGUACGUGGAGCGCCUGCGAGCCGAGUUCUAUGCGUGCUGCUCGCCCCGCUCGCCCUCACCGCACGGGCGCCACGGCGAUCGCCGCGGCGAUCACCACGGGGAUCACCACGGGGAGCCGGAACUUCACGCGGAACACGCGGACAGAACGUUGGCCCGAGAUGGAGAAGGGGUGGACGGGAGGAUAGACGAGCAGGUAGGAGUGAGGUCGAGCGAGCGGGUGGACGUGAACCCAGAAGGCGGAGCGGACCAGCGGCUCGGAGCGGACGGCCUGUGGGAGCUGUGUCGCCGGCUGGAGAUGCAGGACAGCGCGCCGCUGCUGCUGCAGACACUGCUGGGAGGAGGAGGCGACGGGAAGGUGUCGUUUGACGAGUUCAAGGAGGGAUUCGUGGCUGUGCUGUCCAAGGUGCUGACACUGAGCUCCUCCUCCUCGGACGAGGAGGACGAUACCAGUUUCCUAGAGCCCGUGCUGGAGACGCGGCCCCGCAUGGUGAGGGGCGGGAAGUGCUACGGCCGUCGCUCCGUCCCGGAGGCCGCGCUGCGCCGCUCGCCGCCGGGCGGCACCGCCGCCGGGGAUACCGGGGGGGCGGCCGCCGUCGCGAGAGCCGGGGGGCGCGCGCCGUGCCGCUCCGCAUCCCUCGACAGCGUCGACAGUUUGCCGAGCGAGGAGGAGGACGAGCUGAUGGGCGAACGCGACCUGGAAACCGAGACCCUGGAGUCUGAAGGCCGCCUGCCCUCCUCCGGAGUGGACUGCUACAUCCGUUCGCCCACGCGCACCUCCACGCCGCGCAAGGUGGGCUGCCGGGCAGUGACCCCUCCCCUCUCCUUCCUCGACGAUGGCUCUGGGCUCGUCCCGGCUGCCCGAUUGGUCGACUUCUGGCAGCAGGAAGGAGUCCCCGAUCCACAGGAAGUGCUGCAGUCUCUGGGUGUGGGUGGUGGGGGGCUCGUGUCCCUGGCGGAGUUGUGGGGAGCCCUGGAGGGGGAGCUGAGAGCAAGCGGGCAGCCCGCUCACAGGGCAGCCCUCGCCACCUUCACUCAGGAAGUGUCGCACACGCGCGCGCACGCGUGGCGUGCGCGGCGUGAGCGGGCCGCCCUCAAGGCCGAGCUGGAGCGAGCGGAGAGGAACAGCGCCGAGUUGGCGCGAGAGGCCGACGAGCGGCUCGCGGCCAGCGCAGCACAAAUACGGGAGCUGGAGCAGGAGCGAGCUGCGCGGGGACGACGCGGCGAGCGUUGGCCGAGCGCCGGGGACCGGGAGGAGCUGGAGGCCUGCGCCCGGCUGCAGUCGCAGCUGCAGGCGCAGCAGCACGGGGAGGCGACGCUGCGCGCUCACAUCGCGGCGCUCUGCAAGGGCAAGGAGUGUCUGGAGCGGGAGCUGGUGGACGUCUCGUCGCGACUCUCCGAGUCCCAGGACUCGGUACAGAGACUCACGGAGGACGUGGAGACUCUGCUCACGGACAAGUUGGCGAGGAGCGAUGAGGAGGUGGGGGACGAUGUUCUCGUCGAAGAGGAGCGGUUUCAGCACCUCGUCGCCCAGUACGAGCAGCAGUGCAGGCGAGUCAAGGAGCUGCGGGACAGGAACGAUGAGUUGGAGGCUGAGCUGGAAUCGGUGCGCAGAGCAGCACAGAGACAACACAGCGUCCACUCUGACACCUCGGAGGUGGGAGACAGGAAGCCACCUGAGACACGGGGAAAAACCCUCAACGGCACGCACAGCAGCCCUGGCUCACCUAGACCGAGCCUGCCGCUGGAGGCCGAGAUGGCGAUGGAGCGGCUGAGGCAGCGACACCAGGAGGAGGUGCAGGACCUGAGGAUCAAGCUGGAAACCAAGACCAACUACUACGAGCGCGAGCUGGAGCGCGUGCAACGCGGUGCGGAGGAGUUGCGGCGCAGCGUGGAGCAGAGCUUCAAGCUGGAGCUGAGCGACCUGGAGGAGCAGCUCUGCCAGAGGGACUCGGACCUCCGCGACGGGGACCUCCGCCACAGGGACGCUUGGCAGCGGGAGGCGGCGCGCAGAGACGGCCUGGAGGCGGAGCUCCGCGAGGAGACCAAGAAGAUGAGGGCACGGCUGGAGGCCGCGACCUCUGACCUCUCGGAGCUGCGGGCCCAGACAGGGGCAGCGCAGGAACUACAGGUGCAGGUGCAGCAGGAAAGCACGCAGAGACAGUCGCUUGAGACGGGGCUCCGCGAGAGGACCAAGCAGGCUGCAGAGCUGGAGUCGGAGCUCUGCGAAAGGGCCCAGAGGGUCGUUGGGCUGGAGGCGGAGCUCCACGAGAAGGCCCAGCAGGUUAGCAGGCUCGAGGUGGAGCUCCGUAAGGAAGCCCAGUGCCUGGACAGACUGAAGGAAGAACUCCGUGAAGGGGCUCGGCAGGCCAGUGGCUUGGAGGUGGAGCUCCGCGACAGGGCCCAGAGGAUUGUUGGGCUCGAGACGGAGCUACGCGAAAAGUCUCAGUAUGUUGUCGGCCUGGAGGCGGAGCUCCGUGACAGGGCCCAGCAAGUCGCAGGGCUGGAGGCGGAGCUCCACGGGAGGGGAGAGGUGGUGUCUGGCCUCACGGCGGAGGUGGACAGGCUGAAGCAAGAGAACGAGGAGCUGGUGACGGAGCGGCAUGCGCUCCGCACGGAGACGAGCGGGCUGCAGGCAACGAAGAGGGAGCUGGCGUCUCUGCAGGAGGAGAGGAGUCUCCUCCUAGAACAAAACCAAGCGGUGCUCUCACGCCUGGGGUCACUGCAACACAAGACCCUCUCCACAGAGGGCUCUCUCCGUAGCCGCGACCUGGAGCUGGCGCGCCUGCAAACGGAGCUCCGCCGCGGGGCCCAGGACAAGGAGGGCCUCACGGCGGAGGUCGCGACGCUCCGCGAGGAGGCCGCGGCGCUGGGCGGCGAGGUCGCGACUCUGAGGCGGCAGCUGCGCUCGGCCGAGGAGCAGGCUGAGCGGUGUCCGCAGCUGCAGCAGGAGCUGAAGAUGCUGCGGGCGGAGAGGGAAGCGCUCACACAGGACUCACAGGAGGCACGCGACAAGAUCCUGGAGCUGAAUGCCGAGCUGUGCCUGGCUCAGUCCCAGCACCAGAGGGAGCUGCAGCGAGUGCGAGCGGACGCGCAGGGGAGAGCUGAGGAGCUGCACGGGGAGAGGGCGGGCGAGAGGGGGGGGGCCGACGGGGCGAGGGAGAGGGCGGCGGCGGCGGUGGCGGCAGCGGAGGGCGACUUGAGGGCCGAGUUCCAGAAAAUCGUCGCCACGCAGCAGGAGGAGCACACUGUGGCUCUGCGUGUGAUAGAGCAGAAGCUGCAGGAAGUGGAGGUGAACCUGAGGAACGUGCGCGGCGUGCUACAGGAGAAGGUGCAGCAGCUCAAGGAGCAGAUGGUCCGCGCGUCGCGCUCUGACGCGGCGCUGCGGGAGCUCUACGUGGAGAACGCGGCGCUGUCGCGCCUCGUCGCCCACACCGAGGGCCAGCGCAGCUCGGCGGCGCAGCGCGAGCACCGCCUGCAGGAGCGCCUGGGGGCGCUGCACCGCGUGCUGCGCCGCGUGGCGCCCGCGUCGCUCUCCGCCGCGUGA